AACCCUAGGCCUAGCAAAACUAUCGCAUGAUCUCAUCCCUUCCUUUUCUUCUUCUGCCGAGCAGCAGCCAGCAGAGCCUUCGUCCGCGGCCACAACCAGCGCAGUCGCCGCCGCUCCCUCGUUUCGACCCAACUCCCUGCCCCACGUCUCACCGCCGCUCAUUCGCCCCCUCGUCUCAAACCAGGUCCCCAACUCGUCGCCGUCGCUCCCCGCCCGACGCAUCGACCCAACUCCCCGCCGCCUUGACAGCAGUCCCCGCCCCUGCCUCAAUACUAGCUUAGAUCGUUUCAGGUUGAUAGAUAAAAUCGAGUAAUGUAUAGUCAGCCGGCUUAAUCCGGUUGAACCCCGAUUCGACCAUUAAACCUCAAAUCCCUUGUUAAACCGGUUAGAGGACUUAAUCCGGUUUAACAACCUUGAUUUCCACCCUAGCCAUGAAUAGGAUCGAGGAACAUAGAUCCCCUGCUAAUCCUGAUUUUAUGACAACCGUAAGAUGUCAUGUGAAAUCAACGGCGGGGGAGAAUUUAGUCCCUUGUCGCCGGAAAACCUGAAAUUUCCCCGGUCCCUCGUCUCUCGAGUGAAAAAAUCACCACUGCUCAUCACUGGACGACGACUAUCUCCACCUCUCCUUCCCUCGCCGGCCAGACAAGCUUGCAAGCAAACAUGGGCGUGAUUCAAGAUGGCAGAGUGGCGGGAACACUGCCCAGCAAUGAGGUCUUUGCUGUUCACUACCCUGGCUAUCCUUCUUCAACUUCUCGCGCCAUCCAAACUCUGGGUGGAACUAAAGCAAUUGUGGAGGCUCGAACUUCUAAAUCGAACAAUUUGGAGCUCUAUUUUCGUCCCGAGGAUCCCAACUCCCGUCCUAUUUCAGGAGAGCUUGGUCCUUGUAGUGGCUUGCUGCUAAAAAUUUCCAAAACCCAAUCACUCUCCCAGAAUGCAAAAUGUUCAACUAGUGCUGACAAUGGUCGGAAUGAAGUGGCAGAUGAAGUGAAAGUUAACGCUGAGAUUGUUGCUCGGGUCACCGAAGCUUAUCGCUUUGAAGGAAUGGCGGACUAUCAACAUGUAGUGGCUGGGCAUGCUGACAGAGUACGCACGACAAAAAGGAGCUGGACUGAAAUGGAUCAAACACAUUUUGACAGGGUUGGUCUCGUGGAUUUAGAUCAGGAGGAUGUAAUGAUUUUGCCCCCGCCAUUUUUUUCAGCCAAAGAUACUCCUAGUAAUGUCGUUUUGAAACCAUCAACCAUGACAAGUUCAAAGAAGAAACAGGAGGAAGCAGUUGAAAACUAUGUAGAGAUGAAUCUGGAGCCUGCCCUCGCUAUUGAUUUUAACAUAAAAGAGAUACCCAAGAAAAUAAAUUGGGAAGAAUAUGUAGCUCAUAACUCGAGGAUGCAGGAGGCACUGCUGGCUUUAUCUGAGUUGUUUGAGGAGCGACCGAUAUGGCAUAAAGAGUCUCUCGUGCAGCGGUUACUUGAGAAGGAUCUACAUUUUAAUCACCAAUCACUCAAAAGACUUCUAAUAAUGGUGGCAUACUACUUUUUAGGUGGACCAUUCCGCAUGUUUUGGAUCCGAAAAGGAUAUGAUCCUCGUCAAGAUUCUGCAUCUUGCAUCUAUCAAAGAGUUGAUUUUCGAGUCCCACCUGCACUUAGACGUUAUUGUGAAAUUUAUGCUGCUAAAGGUUUAAAACAGAGAUGGAAGGAUUUAUGCAAGUUUGAAGCUUUUCCUUACAAAUGCCACACAUCGCUCCAACUCUUUGAACUUGUUGAUGAUUACAUUCAAGAAGAGAUAAAGAAACCACCCAAGCAGACGACUUGCACUUAUGGAUCAGGGUGGUUCUCUCAGCAGGAGCAUGAUACUCUAAAAUUUCGUGUGAUGGUAAGAUUCCUGUCAGUAUAUCCACAACCUGGUGCACAAAAAUUACACAAGGCUGCUUCAGAAUAUUUUGAAAAGUCGAAGAAGAUGUGUGCCUUAAAACAAUGUCAAAAGGAAGACCAGCAGACUCACGCAGAUGAUAAUUUGGACGAAAAUCAACACGAGAUGGAGGAUGUUGCUACUGAUAAUCUUGUUGCUGAUGAUGAUGAAGAAGAGGAGAUCGAUGCAUACGACGCUUUGGAUUUGGCUGAGGAAGAUGACGAAUUCUCGCUGCAUUCAGAUUCAUAUUUGGGUACUGGGAGCAACUCAAGAAACUAUCUGCAAGACCUCUUUGAUAGCUUUCCGGCAACUGAAGUUGAAGGUGGGAAAAUACAUGACGAUGCUGACAGCAGUGAUGGUGAAUAUCAAAUACUCGAGCAAGAUGACGACAAUUACUCUGACGACGAUUAUGAAUGACGGCAUUUUUGCUGAAUGAACUCAUUCAGUCUCAUAGUGGUAGGUAGUUGAUGAAUGCCAGGACAUAGUGGUUGCCGUAGUUAGUUUCUAAGUGCAUGGGAGGCUGAUUGGAUAAAUGAGGCUAUGAAGUGGCCAUUGCCAAACCUAUUUGUUUACCCUGAUCAAUAAAUGUUAUUAAUAUUAUUAUUACUCAAAGUCAUACUGUCAAUUUGUCAGUCAAUAAACCUGACAAGUUACAUUCCUUGAUUCAAUUUACUGCCAAAAUCCAAAACUUCGGCUAACUUGAAUAGUACAGAUGGUAAAAGAAUAAAGGGAAGACUGUACACAGAAAAGAGGAGGAAGAAGCUAAGAGCAUUUAUUUGUGUACUUUCAUUUGCUGUCUAUAUCUAUAAACACAAGCGAAAAAAAGAACUGUGUGGCCUUUCCUUCCAAUCUACAGAUAAACCACGCGAUCUUGUUUGGUCCCGGGAGCGACGAGUUAGAAUGGUGAGCUCACUUCUCGCUUAAUCAACUGGAACCUCAACCUCCAUUUUUAAGCCUGAAUUCCCAAAUACCUUAAUGAAGUCAUCUAGCAAGAGGUAACAUUCCUUUGUGUAACCUGCCUCUUUUAGAACUUGAGUCAGGACUUGCUCUCUUUGCUCAUCUGAUAUGAAUGAACCAGAUAAAU